UUUGAAAAUUGUCUUCUCGUGUUUUGUUGUUUUUAAAUUUUGUAUACUCGUAUUUUAUUAAUUUCGGAAAAAUAGUGAAAAAUGGCUGGUGUGUUGUUUGAAGAUAUAUUUAAUGUAAAAGAUAUCGACCCAGAAGGCAAAAAAUUCGACAGAGUGAGCCGAUUACAUUGCGAGAGCGAGUCUUUCAAAAUGGACCUUAUUCUGGACAUCAACUCCUGGCUAUAUCCCAUGGAAUUGGGUGAUAAAUUUCGUCUGGUUCUUGCCACAACAUUGAGAGAAGAUGGCUACGCUGAUGCUGGAGACUGGAAUCCUCAAGGACUGGAGAACGAAGGUUCGAGAGCGGACAGCUUUGAAUAUGUGAUGGCAGGAAAGGUGUACAGGAUAGAAGGAGACGAAGCCGCUAACGAACCGUCCAGCAGAUUGGCUGCUUACGUGUCGUUCGGAGGGCUGUUAAUGCGUCUACAAGGUGAUGCCAAUAACUUGCACAGUUUCGAAGUGGAUCAGCAUAUGUAUUUAUUGAUGAAGAAAAUUUUCAUGUAAUUUUGUACCUAAAUUUAAAUAUAGGAUUUUAAUAAAUAUAAG